UUGCACUUGCACAUGAUCUGUCCACCACCUUGUGUUCCCUGCCUGCCUUCCUAGGUUUUUCCUCCCUCUUCAUCAAAAGGGUUUUGUGCUUCUGAUGCUGAUGCUCUGAGUACUUCCAUGCCUGUCCGCCUAGCCUAACAACGCCCAGAAGCGUCUAGUAGUUGCUCAACAACUUGGUUGCCAGUUUUUUCUUAGUUUCUCCAGGCAAGUCAGAAGCUCUACCGAUUUCAUUUCAUUAUUAAGAUACAAAAAGGCAAAUAUAAGGCAAAUCUGCUGAUCGCCUGCUGGUCCAGCUCGACAUGGACAGUUUGGCUUUGGCACUAGUCUCGUCUGAGCGGGCCAUGGAAGCCAACACAAGCAGCAAGACCAGCGGUGUGCCGUCCCUCCUCGCCAACGUUGAGGUUUCCCAUCUCGACGGCUUCGAUACGACCACCCCGAUGCAGAGCCCCAAACCGGUGCUUCACCCCGACACGGGCCGCCCCGCCCGGAUGCGCCCGCCGGAGCGCGUGGCCCCGCGCAGCGAGGCGGUGAUCCCAGCUUUCGACUCGCCGUUCAACCCGCCGGGGCAGCGCUCGGGGCACCCCGUGUCUAUCAGCCUGCCGUCGUCGCCGACCGGCUUCGGCGAGCCCCUCGUGGCGCCCGGCGGCGACUUGCACGAGCGGAAGCAGGCCAUGUCGAACGCGGCGCAGGAGCCGGCGCAGCACGUGAGGUUCGUGCAGCCGCACAGGGUGAUGUUCCGGUCGCAGCCGAACCCCGGCGGGGUGCCCACCCACGCCGUGAGACGGAUGGGUAGCCGGGGCGGCAGGACGAUGAACCGGGACAAGCGCUACGACUCGUUCAAGACGUUUUCCGGGAAGCUGGAGCGGCAGAUCACCCAUCUGGCCGGCGGCGGCGUGCCGGUUAGUACCCCCGAGGAGGAGGAGUUCGCCCAGGGACAGGGAGAAGCCGUGAGUGGCGACAACGUUGAUCGCUUCUUCGCCGCACUGGAGGGACCCGAGCUGGACAAACUCAAGUCGUCGGAGGAGCUGGCGCUGCCGGCGGACAAGAAGUGGCCGUUCUUGCUCCGGUUCCCCAUUUCGGCGUUCGGUAUGUGCCUCGGAGUGAGCAGCCAGGCGAUCCUGUACAAGACGAUCGCGACGGCGGCGCCGACCGAGUUCCUGCACGUGAACCCCAAGGUGAACCUGGUGCUUUGGUUCAUCUCCGUCGGGCUCAUGUCCAUCAUCACGGCCGCGUACGCAUUCAAGAUCAUCUUCUUCUUCGAGGCCGUCCGUCGCGAGUACUACCACCCCAUCCGUGUCAACUUCUUCUUCGCGCCGUGGAUCGCCUGCCUGUUCCUGGCCAUGGGCGUGCCCCCCUCCGUCGCCACCCAGCUGCCUCCCUGGCUCUGGUACGCGCUCAUGUCUCCGUUUCUGUGCCUCGAGCUCAAGAUCUACGGGCAGUGGAUGUCCGGCGGGCAGAGGCGGCUGUCCAAGGUGGCCAACCCGUCCAACCACCUGUCCGUCGUGGGCAACUUCGUGGGCGCGCUGAUGGGCGCGUCCAUGGGGCUCAAGGAAGGUCCCAUCUUCUUCUUCGGCGUCGGGGUGGCGCACUACACCGUGCUGUUCGUGACGCUGUACCAGCGGCUGCCCACCAACGCGACGCUGCCCAAGGACCUGCACCCGGUCUUCUUCCUCUUCGUGGCGGCGCCGAGCGUGGCGUCCAUGGCGUGGGCCAAGAUCGUGGACGAGUUCGGCGUGGGGGCCAAGCUCGCCUACUUCAUCGCCAUGUUCCUCUACGCGUCGCUCGCCGUCCGGAUCAACUUCUUCAGAGGGUUCAUGUUCUCGCUGUCGUGGUGGGCCUACACGUUCCCGAUGACCGGAGCGGCCAUCGCGUCCAUCCGGUACGCCACCGUGGUGGACAACGCCUUCACCAAGGCGCUGUGCGUGGGGCUGUCUCUGCUGGCCACGCUCACCGUGACGGGCCUCUUCGCCACCACCAUGGUGCACGCCUUGGUGUACCACGACCUUUUCCCCAACGACAUCGCCAUCGCCAUCACGGACCGCAAGAUGAAGCCUAUCAUGGAGCUGCAGGAGAGUGGCAAGGACGACGACAGCCGCUCCGGCAGCAGCAAGGACGUAGAGGCCGGCGCCACUGCCGCAGUAGCACCAGAAGCUUGAUGGAGUGGCUGCGCGAUAUAUUAUUUGCGUGGAAAUCAAAUGAUGGCGCCAACGAUUGGGGCGGGCACUUGGUGGGAUAGGAUACGAUCGUACUGUACAAAAAAGUUUGCUUGCGCGGUACUCCCUCCAUUCCACAAUGUAGUGCUUGCUCUAUCUCCGUGCUUCAACUUUGACCGUAAAUUUAACUACCAAGACCGAUUGCGGCGGGAGCAAAAAUUAUAUUAGUGAAUUCGUAUUCGAAAGAAGUUUUUAAUUAUGUAAUUUUUUCACCCGCCGCAGUCGGUCUCGUUCGUUAAAUUUAUGGUCAAAGUUCGACCUCGGGAAACGCGGGCGCACUAUAUUUUGGAAUGGAGGGAGUAGUAAAACGGAGAGGAGCUGUCGACGAUAGUCACCGGCGUAGAAUGAGCAAAGAAGGUCUAUUUGGAA